UAAAAAUCAAGAGCAGUGCCGGCUCGGGUAACUUUCACUACACCAUCUCGACCCCCAAGAAUCCGUCGGCCAAAUCGAUCGAUAAGACUCUGCCCACAGUCUUGUUCCUGCACCCGGUUUACAUUGCAUCGGACAUCUUCGAACGUGGGUCCGGAUUCCCUUUGCAUUUUUUUCCGGCUGACUCUCGCGACAGUCCAGUUCGCCGACACGAAUCUGCGGAGAUUCAAUCUCGUUGCGCUGGACUUGCGGAGUCAUGGUGACACUUCUGCCAAAGUUGGGUCGACUUACGGGCGAGAUGAGGCAGCGUCGGACAUAGACAAGUUUCUGGAUGCACUAAAGAUCUCAGCGUGUCAUCUGGUGGGCGUUUCCAUGGGAUCCUGCAUCUCGCUCCAAGUUGCGAUAUCAUAUCCUGCGAAAGUGCUUUCGGUCACGAUGAUCUCUCCGCUGCCUUUGAUCGAGUGAUCUCAGCCUCAAGACGUCGCGGAGGGUCGACAGGAAAUUCACGACUGCUGGUGCGAAGCAUUCCAGGGAAAGAGCGUCGACAAGCUCGCACUGCAGGAUGCUGUCCACGGGGCACUACAGCUGGGCUUCAAUGGAGAAGAAUCAAGUUUCAACCAAGCGCUUAUCUCCCGAGUCUUGCCAAUCGCGACGAAGAAUUGGGGCUCCAAAUCAAAGUUGGAGGAAUUUCGCACCGUCACGGUCGAUUUUUUCGUCAACCGCACAGCGCAGACUCCCGACGCAGUGCGCAAGAUACGAAGUCCCAUCAAGCUCGUCCACUGCGGGGCAGAUGUUGCUUACGGGAUCGACUAUUCCAAGGAGGUUCUUGCCUUGUUGCAAGGAAACGGAGUCAAUGCACAGCUGUUAGAGGUUCCUGAUGCUGCUCACUUUGGAAACGUUUCGAAGCCACGCGAAAUCAACGCACUGAUUUAUGCUACUGUGAUCGAGAACUCCCCGAAUUUCAACAUUCCACCUGCCUCUGCCAGCGUCGUAUCCCCCUUCACGGCAGCCUUGGUCAAAGCAGGUUAUCGCCUCAAUGACACCGAUUCAGACUCGGAUUGAUGUCUUGUCGAGUCAGCAGGUGGACUAUUUGUUGGGUUUCUCGUAUUCUAUUAUGAGGUUUAUUUGUUGCAUUUUACGACGAUCAAGAUAUUUCUCUGUCCAUC